AUGGCCUUCACCAAGUACCUCGUCUCGGCUCUGGCCGUUGCCAGUCUGGCCUUCGCUGACAAGUCAUGCGAGGGAGACGUUACCAUUGAGAACCAGCAGGAUGCCGGCAAGCUGAGCAGCUGCAAGAAGUGGGAUGGAGACAUCACCAUCAGCGAGAAGAUCACUUCUUCCAUCUCCAUCGACGGCGUCGAGGAGGUCACCGGCUCCGUCAUCGCCAAGAACUCCAGCAUCACCGAGUUCUCUAUCUCCAAGCUGGCCACCAUUGGUGACUCCCUCAGCCUCAAUGCCUGCACCUACCUGAGAUCCCUCGACCUCCCAUCUUUGACCAAGGUCAAGUCCAUUAAGCUGGAGGCUCUGCCCAAGCUCCAGACCCUCGGCUUCACCAAGACCGUCUCCAAGGCCAGCACCAUCUUCAUCACCAACACUGACCUGACCUCCCUCACCGGUAUCAACCUCGAGACUGUUGUUGACAUGAUGGUCACCAACAACCCUCACUUGACUGAGGCCAACGUCGACAAGAUCACCAACGCUACCGGUUACGUCAACUUCGCUGCCAACCACAAGGACCUCUCCAUCAGCCUGCCCAACCUCGAGGGUGCUCACAACAUGACCUUCCGCAACACCAGCGGUGUCUACAUUCCUUCCCUCGUGCAGAUGGACGGUCUCCUCGGCUUCUACUCCAACUUCUUCUCCAACUUCAGUGCCCCCAACCUCACCUCCACCGGCGACCUGGUCUUCACUAGCAACUCCAUGCUCCAGGAAAUCUCCUUGAAGUCCCUCAAGUCCGUCAAGGGUGGCCUCCAGAUUGCCAACAACAGCGCCCUCGAGGAGAUCAACGGCUUCCCCAAGCUCGCUACCAUCACUGGUGCCAUUGACGUUACCGGAAAGUUCAAGAAGGUCGAGUUCCCAGCUCUCAAGGAAGUCCGUGGUGAUGCCAACUUCCAGAGUACCGAGGUCUUUGGCUGCGACCCCUUCGACAAGGCCAAGUCUGACGAUGUCAUCCGCGGCAAGCUUACUUGCCGUGAGAAGCAGGAGAAGCCCAAGACCGGUGACGACACCUCUGGUGACGGCGGUGACAGCCACACUGGUGCUGCCCCUGCUUUCGCUCAGGCCCCUGCUGGUCUCUUCGUUGCUCUCCUCGGUGCUCUCCAGUUCCUCUUGUAA